UAGAAAUUGAGCGAGUUUUGACAUAACUCGAUAACGGCGCGAAAUGCUGCCUUUUAUGUUGCUACCGAUGUUUAUUCUGGGUGCCUCCUUCACUGUUCAGGGCAAGCCUUAUCAGAGGAAAGAAAAGGAUAUAUUGGUGAGAGUUCAUAGAGCACCAAAGCAGAAGAAAGCAGAUUGCGGUAAACAGUUGACGGGCUCCAAUGGUUCAGUGACGUCACCCAAUUAUCCGGGACCUUACCCCACUGACGUAACAUGCGUCUGGGUUAUUUCAGUUAAGCCGUCACAAGUGAUUGAACUAGAGUUUAAGUCUCUUGAUAUAGAGUACAGCAAAAAGUGUAAAUAUGACAGUUUGGAGAUUCUGGAUGGAUCUACGUCCAAGUCAGCCGAACUGGGAACAUUCUGUGGCUCGACAACUCCUUCACUUGUUCGCUCUUCUGGAAAAUCAUUGCACAUUACUCUGAAAUCGGAUGAGGCUGAUACAGGGAAAGGUUUCCAGGCAGUUUGGCGGGCAGUCGCUAACAACAUGAAGUGCGGGGCUACAUUCACUGACGAGAACGGUAGUUUCCAGACUCCUGGAUAUCCCAAUCAAUACCCCACCAAUAUCGAAUGCGAGUGGGUGAUAACUGUACCCGUCACUCACUCUCUAACUUUGACGUUUAACAAGUUUGAUAUGGAAGAAAGUUCAAAAUGCAAAUACGACCAUGUAGAGAUCAGGGAUGGUGACAAGGCCUCUUCGAAUUUGAUCGGCCGUUACUGUGGUUCUAGCCUUCCUGCUAAAGUGUAUGCGCAAGGAACCUCAUUGUAUAUAAAACUUGCCUCGGACGAAUCAGACACGGGAAAGGGUUUCCAAGUGUCUUGGACCAGUAAGCACCUAGGUGGAAAUACAGGUCUGCAAUUGUGUGGAACCAGUAAGACAGGAACAAGGAUUGUCGGCGGUAUUGUCGCCAAGCCUGGUGCGUGGCCCUGGCAAGCUGCCAUGAUCUGGGCGUUGGGGUCCGACAAGGGAAAGCAGUUUUGUGGUGGAUCUCUGGUGGACCCCGAAUGGGUCCUAACGGCGGCACAUUGCUUUGAUAUCACUGCAAACAAGAAAAUGAUGUUUAUUAGACUUGGAGAACACGACUUGAAUAAAAAGGAGGGAUUCGAGCAGGAUUUUGCAAUCGAUCACAUUUACAUCCAUCCAGAUUGGGAUCAUCAUACGACGGACAAUGAUCUGGCCUUAAUACGACUCGACCGACCUGCUAAUCUCACUGGUCGCGUAAACACUAUCUGUUUGUCUGAACCAGAGUAUAAGUUUCCACCAAGUACAAAAUGUAUGAUUAGUGGUUGGGGUACUACUCAGGAAGAUGGCGCUCCUUCGCCCGUACUCAUGCAGGCCAAGGUACCAAUAGUAGACCGCCAGGCUUGUCGUCAUAACCAAUCAUAUGGGGAGAAAAUCACUGAGAACAUGAUCUGUGCCGGGUUGCGUCAAGGAGGCGUUGACAGCUGUCAAGGUGAUUCUGGAGGACCACUUGUAUGCAAGAAUCCUGUAAAUCGUCGGCAGUGGGUACAGAUUGGAGUAACCUCCUGGGGAAAAGGAUGUGCCAGGGCUUUGAAGUAUGGGGUCUAUGCUAACAUCAAGAAGUAUCUCCCGUGGAUCAACUUCUUAACCAGUACUAUUGGAGGAGGUGAGGGUGGAGAUGAUGUGUCAACACCUAUUCCCACCCUACCACCUAGUCUUCCACCCAUCCCAUCAAGUCUCCCGCCGAGCCUUCCACCUCUCCCUCCAAGUCUUCCGCCUCUCCCACCCAGUCUUCCUCCUCCCCCUCCAAGUCUUCCGCCUCCAUUACCAAGUCUUUCACCUCUCCCACCAAGUCUUCCACCCGUCCCUUCAAUUCUUCCCCCACCCCCAACAACUUCUCCACCUCUCCCACAAAGUACUCAACAAAGCCCAGGAGGCAAUACGGUUCCUCCGCUGCCCCCACAGCCUUCUGGAAAUGUUGAUCCACCACCUUUACCUCCGCCGCCACCAGAAUAAAAAACGUACGACUCACAUCUUUUGUCGUCAUACUAUAUUGUAAGAGAUUAGUUUUUCUUGCUUUGGAAAGAAUGAAUAUCCGAUCACGAAAUA